AUGGAAAAGUUUAAGAAGAUUAAUGAAGAGGCAUGGGAGCAUCUUACAAGAUUUGAUCCUCGGGUGUGGGUGAAGGCCUACCUUAACCAUGGCCCCAAGGUUGAUUCUUUGACAAAUAAUAUGUGUGAAUCCUGGAAUGCCAAAAUAGAAAAGUAUAAAGCGAAGCCCAUUCUUACAAUGUGUGAAGAGUUACGCUGUUAUAUCAUGAGGAGAAUGACGAAGCAUAUCACUCUACUAUCAGCAUAUCCCGGAAAGCUUGCUCCUAUACAGCAAAAAAGACUUGGCCGAUUGAUUAAGCCCAGCAACAGAUGGAAUGCAGAAUGGACAGGUGACAACGAGAGGAAGCGGUUUGAAGUGAGUCGCAAGACAUCAAGAGUUGAUGUUGAUUUGAUGAAGCAUACUUGUUCAUGCAAUAUGUGGCAACUAACAAGAAUGCCUUGUGUUCAUGCGAUUGCUGCUAUUAGGAAGAAGCAUGACAAGCCAGAAGAUUAUGUGCACAAAUGGCUUUGCACGGAGUCCAUCCAUCUGACUUAUACACACUCAAUCCAACCAGUUCACAGUGAAGAAUAUUGGUAUAGAACAGGUUAUAUCAAGCCAAAUCCUCCACCCAUCAAGAGGCCGAUUGGUAGGCCAAAGGUGCAUAAAAGAAAGAAGGAUCCAAUAGAGGAUUUGAUCCAAGGGGACAAGGAUUUAUGUGUCUUCAUUAUAAAUAUUGUAGGCUAG